CGCAUGGGAAAGGAAGCUCGGUGGGUGCAACGUGUUGAGCUAUCAGUUUCAUCUGCCAGAUACGGGCCAGGACCGAUGGAAUUUCCAUGAUUUUGUCCAAUAUUCUUAUUUUCACGUAUAUGGAGUGGACAAUAAUGUGCUAGAUUAACUCUCUGUAGAGAAACGCUCAUACCGCUAUGGCAGGAGAUAACACAACAACUGCCGCUGACGUCGUCGUUACGAGCACAUUUGAACCUGCAGUGACUCUGUUGGAAACUACAACUUCAGCAACGACAGAGAGCAUAGUCAACAGCACGACACAGAACAUCGUCAACUCCACAACGACUUCGCGUGGAUUCUUUGACCAGAAAGUUUUAGGGGAAGCAUGGGACACAAACAAGGCGACCUUGGCGUGGCUGAUCCCCGUCAUCGUCGUCGUGGUGGCAAUACUGGUGUUGGUGUCGCUGGCACUGGUGUACGUCAUCCGGGGAUUCGAACUGUGGGUGCUGAAGUGCUGCAACAAAGCCUGCGGUUGUUGUAAAGCCACUGCACGACGCCUGGACAAUGAAUACACCCACCUGACGGAGUCCACACACGACAGCGACGACAUCAACUUGACAGAGUUUGAGCGAGGCAGUGGAUCAUCAGCAGCCUACCGGGGCUUUAGUUCAGGUAAAAAGGACUAAACGAGCUAGACGAGCUAAACAAGAACACACCGUACCACAGACAUGUGCUAUGAAAACAUGAAUGGUGGAAUAUGUUGGGACCAGGUUGUAUGUGUUGAUGGGGUGUGAUCGAGUACAUGGCAUCAGUACUAGUCGUUAUGUCCCGGUGUCGGGAGGAGGACUGGGAUGGCUGGACAUCGUUUACCUUUGCCUCUAUUGUCAAAUAUUACUGGGAGGGAUGGACAUCAGCCUUGCCUCUAUUGUCAUGUAUUACUGGGAGAGAUGGACAUCAGCCUUGCCUCUAUUGUCAUGUAUUACUGGGAGAGAUGGACAUCAGCCUUGUCUCUAUUGUCAUGUAUUACUUACAUUUAAAUAAACUUUGUUUGCAGCGCCA